UGUGUACUUGCUUGCUUGUGUUGAGUCAUAUCGAUCAGUCAAUUAAAUGUAAUAAAUAAUAAUAAUAAUUAUUGUAGUGGCUACAAUCGCCUCCAUAUCGUUUGCACUUUGCAAAGCUCUCAAUCUCACAACUACAAAUUAAACAUCAAUCUUCUCAAACAUUCACAACAUACUAUACUAGAGUAUGGAUCUGGUGACUGAAUCACAGACGUUUUUGCGACGGAACUCACUGAGCGGCAACAUUGUACUUUACUUGCUCUGGCAAAUUCUCCAUUUACUUAUCCGUGUUUUGUACUUUGUACGGGAGAUCAUUCGUGCAGUUGAAAGCUACCUUAUAACAAAUGGAAUUGUUAAUGCGUACAACGAUCUGAAUAUAGACCGUGUCAAGUAUCUUGGGAUUGUUAUUGACAGCGAUGAAGCCCGCAAGACCUCAGAUGUUAUUGAACUUUUGGAGUGGCUUUCGGCUAUUGGGGUGAAAAAGGUCUGUUUGUAUGACCGUGAAGGAGUAUUGAAGAAGUCUAAAGAAGUCUUUUUGGAGAAAUUUGGCUCUGCAAAGCUUCCAAAUGGAAACGCCAAAACUGAUCCUCUUAUCAGAAAAAAGCAAAUGGAUUUUGAAUUUGUUUCUAUCUCUGAUGGAAAAGAAGCAGUUGCUAAAGCAGCUAACCUACUCUAUAAAAAGUAUUAUGUGGAUGGAGAUUCAGAAAAACCGUUCUUUACUGAAACCUAUUUGACUGAGGCAUUAAAGACCCUUGGUUACGUAGAACCAGAUCCUGAUCUUAUAUUAAUUUAUGGGCCUGCGAGGUGCAACCUUGGCUUUCCAGCAUGGAGAAUUCGUUAUACGGAGAUGGUACACAUGGGACGACUGAAGAACAAGAAAUAUGGCUUGAUUUUAAAAGCCAUUCACAGAUUCACUAAGGUGAAGCAAAACUAUGGUUCAUAAAAUUCGAGUGCCAAGGAUGUUGCUGCAUGAGUUGAUGAGAUUAAGAGGAGGAUAUGUAUAAGAAAUUAUUAUCUUUAUCAUCUGCAAUAAAGCAGAAGUAAUUUGUUAUCUUUAUCAUCUAUGAACAUAAACAGAAAGUAACAAUAUAAGUGGACCGUUUGUGUUUCCUUUGGUUCAACUGUUCUAGUGAUAUUGAAAGUGAAUCUUGUAAACUAAA